AAUACAGACUAAACCUGUAAGCCUACAUGACCCCGGAACGGAACGGAAACUGAAACCUUCCCCGUCUUUAUCGUGGUCUCGUCUCUCUCCCGUUGCUUGUUCAUCCAGCGCCCUCUUUCGCUUCCCCCAGAGUGCUUCUCGUUCUCAUCGAUUCAACUUACAGGCUCUUGUCGAUUGGAUUGAGUUUGCGUUCGUUUGCUUGGAGGAGCGAAGGGAGAGAGGCCGAGAAAGAGACAUGGAGACUCACUUUAAUCACAAUCUAUUCGACAGGCGACCCAUUCGGAAGAACACGAAUUCUUCUGUCAAAUGGAUCAAAGAAUGGGUCCCCCAAGAUGUUGUUGCAACUGGAGGAAAGUUCUUUCUUUUCAAAUGGGUUACAGAGGAUACAUUGAAGGCACUAAAGGAGAAGUCAAAACAGUCGGAAGCACCAGAACCUGAACCAGAACCCACCACUGAAGUGCUUUUCCUUUGUAGCUAUGAGGGCUGUGGAAAAACAUUUAUUGAUGCAGGUGCUUUGAGGAAGCAUUCUCACAUUCAUGGGGAGAGGCAAUAUGUUUGUCACUACGAUGGCUGUGGAAAGAAAUUUUUGGAUAGCUCGAAGUUGAAAAGACACUUCCUUAUUCAUACUGGUGAAAGAGAUUUUGUGUGUCCUCAUGAAGGCUGUGGUAAGGCAUUUUCCCUGGAUUUCAACUUGAGAUCACAUAUGAAAACGCAUUCACAAGAAAACUAUCAUAUCUGUCCAUUCCCUGAUUGUGGAAAGAGAUUUGCACACGAGUACAAAUUGAAGAACCACGUUACAUCUCACCAUGAAAAGAAUGCGACAGCUGAAGUGGUCAAAUAUACCCCACCUUUCGAGAAGCAAACUAAGGCUUCUAAACCUUCUGGGGGAGCUUCUGCUUCGGCAUCAUCUGACCGUCCACACGCUUGCCCCUAUGAAGGGUGUGAAAAGGCGUACAUCCAUGAGUACAAGCUUAAACUCCAUUUGAAAAGGGAACACCCUGGACAUUUUGUAGAAGACAAUGGCAAUGCUCCACACAAUGGGGAAAAUGAGAUAGAAGCCAGUGAUCAAGAUGGCUAUGGCCGAAAACGGGUAAAUGUAAAAAACCAGAAACGGAACAGGCCUAAACCAAACUUGAAGUUACCGCCUUCGAAAGUAGCACAGCGAAAAGGCGCAACGCCAUCUCCUGCCCCAAUGAGUGCUGCAGUUAAAAAAUCAUGGCGGGUUAAAGAAGAAAACUACGAAGAAGAAGAAGAAGAUAGUGAAGAAACGGAGGAGGACCGUGAGAAUGUGGAGGGCUGGGGAUAUGCUGAAAACGAAGAUGAUGAUGAGGAAACAGAGUAUGAAGAUUAAGUGUGUAGAAAGGGGCUGGCUGUAUGUAACUUCUUUUGCCCCUUCAUGAUUCCUCUUUUUUCUUCUCCAUUUUAGCUCACAUUUCUGGUAGUGAUUCCAUUUCAGAUAUAGAAAUUAUGAUUUCUUUUGAAUA